AUGUCCUGCUAUGAACGGUGCCCCCCCACCUCCUGCGGCCCAACCCCACUGGCAAAUAGCUGCAAUGAGCCCUGUGUCAGGCAGUGCCAGGACUCAACCGUGGUGAUCCAGCCCUCUCCUGUGGUGGUGACCCUGCCUGGACCCAUCCUCAGCUCCUUCCCCCAGAAAACCACAGUGGGAUCCUCAGCAUCUGCAGCCAUCGGGAGUGCUCUCAAUGCUGAAGGAGUGCCCAUCUCCUCUGGCAGCUCCUCAGGAUUAGGGAGCUUUGGCUAUCCAGGCCUGGGCAGUGGGUACAGCCGGCCCUACCGUCGCUACAACACCUACCGCGGUGGCUUCUAUGGGCCGUGCUAA